AGGUUUACUGUUGCACUUGGUGACUAGUCAGGUCUGUGAUUGUUGAAGUUGGUUUGUCGCUAAAUUUCUUUUUAAUUUCGCUUACAUUCACAAAAAUAACGAUGGCAAGUCACGCUAAGAGCGACGGAUCCGCUACUGUGGAGAAGGACAGCGCUUCAGCAGGACAGACAGUUGAAGAGAACCUGACAGAGACUGAUGGCUUUAAUCAAAGUAUAUUUAGUAUGGAUCCUAAUCUGGAGUAUGAUAUGAACCACAAGAGACGGGGAAUGGCUCUCAUAUUUAAUCAUGAAAAUUUCUUUUGGAAACUGGGAUUGGGCUACCGUUCUGGAACAAAUGCAGACAAGGAGAACCUUAUUAGAAGAUUUCGAGAGCUGAAUUUCGAAGUGAAGGCUUUUGAUGAUUACAAACGGGAUGAAGUUUUGUCCAAAAUCACAGCGGCCGCUGCUGCUGACCAUGUAGAUGCAGACUGCUUUGUUUGCGUCUUUUUAAGUCAUGGGGAAAAUGGCCAUGUUUAUGCCAAUGAUGGGCAGAUCGAUAUACCUGAAAUCACCGAUUUGUUCAAGGGGGAUAAAUGUCGUAGUCUUGUGGGAAAACCCAAGAUCUUCAUCUGGCAGGCUUGUCGCGGUGACAAACAUGAUGAUCCUGUGACUCCAAUGGACGUGGUGGACAGUCAGUUGACAAAUGACAUGGUGGUGGAUGCAGGAGUGCUUUACACUCUUCCAGCAGGAGCAGAUUAUAUUAUGUGCUACUCUGUUGCUGAAGGAUAUUACUCUCACCGUGAGACUGUGAAUGGCUCAUGGUACAUUCAGGAUUUGUGUGAAAUCUUGAGGCGUUAUGGUUCAGAACUGGAGUUCGCUGAGAUCCUGAUGCUUGUUAACAGGAAAGUUUCCUUACGCAGUGUGUUGAUGUGCAAGGAUCGCUCAGCUGUUGGCAAAAAACAGGUGCCUUGCUUCGCAUCUAUGCUCACUAAGAAGCUGUUUUUCAGGCCCAAAAAGUAAUAUUAGUGUUUAGGCCUAUUACUGGUACAAAAUCAGGGAUUAUGCAAAUUUCUUAGAUUUAUUUAGUUAUCUUAGUAAAUAUUUAUAUAUACAUAAAUACAAUUAUAAAGAGAGAGAAGAUUAAGAGACUAAUCCUAGUUUCUCUGGAUUGACAAUUUAUAGUGUUUUUUUUUUCAGUAAAACGUAUAUUUUUUUUUUUAAAUUUUGAGCACUACUGAAGACAUUUCUUCCAAAACUUAAAUAAAAAUGUUGUCAUUUAUAGUGUUUUGUAUUGCAUAAAAUAACAAAGAUCCCAUAUCUUCUGACAUGCUUAAAUUCAUCCGCACACAACACAUUAUCAAGGUUUUAAUUUAAGAAAUCAAUAUUUCAUGUUCUAAACCUGUUUUUCAGAAACCUGUUUGUAUUUUAAAGGGAACCUGUUUUACCCCUUUUUCAAGAUUUAAGAUAAGUCGUUGGUGUCGUCAGAAUGUGUCUGUAAAGUUUCAGCUCAAAAUACUCAUCAGAUUAUUUAUUAUACCUUUCUGAAUGUUGGAAUUUUGUGGUCAGAGGACACCAGGGGUGGACUAGCCAUUUCCCGGUGGCCUGAUGGUUAAUCUGGCCUGCCACCAUGACUCUGGCCUGACGCACAAGUCAUGGGUAGAAUGACAACACCCCCCACCCGCUUUUCACUUAUUGAUCGCACCACCCCACCCCCUUUUCACUUACCGAGCCCUCCGGUCUUCAAUUUCUAGAUCGCAUCAGAUGUGGCAUGAAUGACAUUAACUUUGUCCUGGUUAAAUUCUUUCCCAGUCCGCCCCUGGAGGACACUAGCUGUUUUUCUUGCUUGUGCUUUUAAAUGAAAAUGAGCUGGUUCCCACACCCGCCAACCAUUCCCACAUGCAUGUCAGAGCCAUAGAUCUCUCUCUCAUGUCAGAUAAACAGCACAGUGACCGAUACGAAGGAACCAGAUCUCCGGUUUAUGAGGAUUACACAUAGACAGACAGACAUUUAACUUUGCACUGUUUUUGCACGACAAAUGUGACCGCAUACACAUAAUAUCCACUGCUGUAUGACCAUCCGUUAUGUUAAUGUACGAAAUAAACCUGAUUCAAGUCCACAAACUGGGAUUGAAGCAUCGUCUUUCAUAAUUGUACUGACACUAUGCGGCUGUAGUUUUCAAAUACAGGUGUUUUACUGUCUUGGUUUUAUUACAAACAUGCACUGUUUAAAAAAACGUUUUAAACUUGUAAAACUCGUUGAGGUGCAGCUGAUCACCAUCAUCAGAGUUGAAAUGGAUCUUUUUAACCUAGUUACUUUGCAAUUUCUGUCUUUUUCAUAUGAUUAUAUGUGUUACUACAUGUUAACAUGUAAAUACGUGGCUGUCAAUAAAUUUGGUGGGUGGAGACAACUGCA